GGAAGGCGAAGAUGUUCUUGACAUUGACAAAAGUAAAAUGAAUAAACUCGCAAAACGUAAAGGAAGGGUGAGGUACGAUGGAAAGGGACAAAAGGAUGACGGUGGAUUGUGACAGUGGUGUUGAUGCCUCUGAUUCUCUUUCAGUGGCCUUUGUGUCACUGUGUCACUCAGGACUUACAUCUGGUAGGACUGCGAGUCAAAAGCAGGGAGAUGGGCAUCCAGAACCCGCAUGCCCACAUCCUAAUUCCUGCCUGUCUCUUCUUUCUCCUCCUGUCUUCUCUCCCUGUCACAUGUCAAACAAGAGGUAGGUGGGAGGAGAGAGAGAGAGAGAGAGAGAGAGAGAGAGAGAACAACGGUGGGGGUGCUAUUUGUCUUCAGCAGCUGGAGGAGUGGAAACAGAGCAGAAUAAGAUCAGGAGGAAGUACAGAUCCAAGUGCUGCCGGUUUAUUUUUUCAAUUACUUUUUCCAAUUAUUUUUCAAUCCUUUUUUUCCCAUAAACCCCAUUGCGCUCAGUUCUCCCCCACCUCCCUUUCAGUUUAGGGGCAUAUCUCUUUGUCCUCACUGGAUCUGUUUUUGGAGGACAACAUGAAGGCCCCGUGGCUCUGUGUUCUGCCCUGCUUGGUCCCAUUCUUAGCCUCUCUCAGCCUGGCUGAGGAGGGCCUGGAGUUCCCCAGCUUUGACGGAAAAGAACGGGUGAUCAACAUCAAUGAGAAGAACUACAAGAAGGCCCUGAAGCGGUAUGACAUGCUGUGCCUUUUCUACCAUGAGCCCCUUGGCUUCGACAAGGAGCUGCAGAAGCAGUAUCAGAUGGCCCAGCUGGUGCUGGAGCUGGCAGCCCAGGUCCUGGAGGACAAGGACAUCGGGUUUGGGAUGGUGGACUCUCAAGAGGACGCUAAGGUUGCCCAAAAACUGGGUCUGGAGGAGGAGGGCAGUGUGUACAUCUUCAAAAAUGAGCGAGUCAUUGAGUUUGAUGGAGAGCUUUCUGCAGACACGCUGGUGGAGUUCCUGCUGGAUCUGCUGGAAGACCCCGUGGAGCUGAUCAGCAAUGCCUUGGAGCUGCGCGCCUUUGACCGCAUGGAGGAGGAAACGAGGCUCAUUGGCUACUUCAAGGGCGAGGAUUCUGAGUACUUCAGAGCCUUUCAGGAGGCAGCUGAACACUUCCAGCCCUACAUUAAGUUUUUUGGCACCUUUGAUAAGGGGGUUGCUAAGGAGUUGACGCUGAAGAUGAACGAGGUGGACUUCUAUGAGCCCUUCAUGGACGAACCCGUGACCAUCCCUGGAAAGCCUCACUUAGAGGAAGACAUUGUGGAGUUUGUCAAAAUUCACAGAAGGCCAACACUGCGAAAGCUGCGAGCUAAAGAUAUGUUUGAGACCUGGGAAGAUGACAUGGAGGGAAUCCACAUCGUUGCUUUUGCUGAGGAGGAAGAUCCUGAUGGUUUUGAGUUCCUUGAGAUCUUGAAGGAGGUGGCGAGGGAUAACACCCAUAAUCCAGAUCUGAGCAUCGUGUGGAUCGACCCAGACAAUUUCCCCCUGCUGACUACAUACUGGGAAAAGACCUUCAAAGUGGACCUCUUCAAACCUCAGAUUGGUGUGGUGAAUGUCACAGAUGCGGACAGUGUGUGGCUGCACAUGCCGGACGAUGAACAUCUCCCCAGUGCGGAGGAGCUGGAGGACUGGAUUGAGGACGUGCUGUCUGGAAAGGUCAACACGGAAGACGAUGACAAUGACAUUCCAGUCCCUGUUGAUGAUGAUGACGAUGACGAUGAUGAUAUUGGUGAUUUUGAUGAUGACGAUGAGGAUGAAGAUGAUGAUGAUGGUAAUUUAUAAACUGGGCCUCACAGGUAGUACAUCCAGAUAAAGCAAGCAAACUUCAUGUGCUCCACCAUCCAAAAUUGAACCCUGACCCUUCCAGUGCUGACUGUAGCCAGGAGUUCUGUGAGAUGUGUUUGGCCAUAGCAUUGCCCUGGGAGGGAUGGGUUUUAUUUGGCAUAGUUUUCUCAUCUCAGCAUACCAUAGCAACUCCUCUGGCCAAUCAGGUGCCUGCGUUCUGCCUGUGCCAGCUGCGUAGGUGGUGCAGUCCUAUAACACAGUGGCUGUGUGACUGAGUUAAUAGACUGCAAAGUGAAAAGUGCUGGUUGCACUUUGGAGACUGUGUGUGUCAAUGUGCCCUCUCUUGGGUUUCCAGAGGAUGUCACAGCAAUGCGGUGGGCAUGCAUAUACAACUGGGCAUUCCAAAUUAGAGGACAUAAAGUAAAAGUUUAAACUGAUAAACUGUCUCUUCAGAUUGCUAGUAUAGGCAUCACAGAAGACUCGUACGAUGGAAUCUGCACUUACCUGGAGCCUCAAUUUCACUGAAAAAAUACCAGAAACAACAUUGACCGGAUGAUUUUUCAGAAUUUUGUAUAUUUUGUACAUACCUGUCUUCAGCUGCAAGUUUGCUUUAGAUUUAUGAUUUAGAAAUGACAUAAGGACAGUUUAAACUGAAUGGAAAGUCUGCAGAGAUUUCCCAUGGUUAUAAAGGCUCUCCUUAUCAUUGCUUUUAAAUGAGAAAGUUGUUAUACCAGGUUAUUUAUGAUUCUGGUAUUUUUUUGACAUUUUACUAUAUAAUCUGUGAUUUUGAAAGAUGCUACCUGCGAAUGAUUGUAAAAAUCCCGACCAUACUCCAUCAUGCCUAAGACUAUACUUUGUCAUGCCUAAGACUACACUCUCCCAUGCCUAAGACUACACUCUUCCAUGCCUAAGACUACUCUCCCAUGCCUAAGACUAAACUCUAUCAUGCCUAAGACUGCUCUCUACCAUGCCUAAGACUACACUCUCCCAUGCCUAAGACUAAACUCUAUCAUGCCUAAGACUACUCUCUAUCAUGCCUAAGACUACACCCUCCCAUGCAUAAGACUACACUCUAUCAUGCCUACAGUCAUAUUUAUGAUUGGUAAGUUAUGCAUUCUAUUGAUUGUGCUAAUUUUCUUGUAGCAUAAAUUAAUAAUGAUAAAGACUUUUAAAAACAAAAAAAUAACUUAAAUGCUUUGGUACUGAUGCAACAAGGACUGCAUUGCAUGUUACAUUACAUUACAUGUAUUUAUACCUAGCGUAUUGUUUCAUAUGUGCUUGUCGCUGUGGCUCAUUGAUAAUUUACUAUAUUCUGUCCAGGCACUGAAAACUCCCGCACUAAAACUGAAGUCAUAGGGUUUUGCACUCACUGAAAUUGAGGGAUCAUUGAGGGAUCGUUCUUGACUUCAAUCACCCUCUGGAAAAAAAAACACAAAACGUACAUUUUAAAGCACUUAACUGUGGUGAAGUUGGGUAGCUCUGACUUUGUUCUAUAAACAUGUGCCUUACUCCACAGUACAAUUAAUCUAGCAACAUGCAAGAGAAUCACGUGUCAGGAUAAUUCAUAUAUUAUUAUUAACAAAUAGAUAGCAUCUUCACUGAGUGUAUAAUAAUAUCACUUACAAAAGAUGGUGGUCCUUACUGACGGGGGCCUAACUUUGCAUAAUGAGCUUUUGUUUUGUUUCCCCCCACUAAUUUCAACUUUAGCCAUGCUUUUGUCAUUGUGUGAGUUUAAAAAGGUAGCUAACACGUGGAUAAGUUAGUCAAUCAGCACGAAGGACAAAGGACAGUGGAGAUAUACUCAAUCUGGGUCACCAUCUCCCUGUGAGAUGGAAUCUUUGACAGAGGACACUGUAACCCACAUCAAUUUAUGGCUCCCUUACUGCUGCUGCUUUUGAAUUUUGUUACAUAAUAUUUUGUUCCAGUUAAAGGUAUAGUUAUAUAGAUCGCUGAUAUGUGAAAUAGCAGUUAUUGCUUUUUAAAAAGAAAGUGUUUACCGCUUACUCCAGCAUUACACACAUGUAACACGAGAUGAAAGUGUUGCAAAUGACUUUCCUUUCAUGAAAUUGAAGAAAAGAAUCGAUACACAUUCUGUCACUCCGCUUUGGAUGGAGAGCAGAGGGAAGCAAAUCCCCAAAGACUGUAAUAUUAGUUUGCAGUUUUCUGAGACUGUUUCAAUGGGAUAAAAAUCUCCAAAUAUUUUGAUUUUAGAGAAAACUUAUGUCAGCACAUUGCACAAGAAUUAUUUACAUUUUAUUCCACUGAGAUACCACUGAGACUUUUAAAACUUAUUGAAAUACACGAUAAACUUAAAAGUGGAUCAAAACAUUUGCAUAUGAAGAUGAAUGUGACCAAUGAAGGAAAUUGAUUCCUUUUAAAUAAAACAGUUCAAUGAA